CCAUAACAUAAAUAAAACUCUAAUUCAACAUUACGAUUGAUUGUUAAAUUCAUAUUUAUCACAAUCUCAAAUGAUUUUGGACAAACAUCGAUGUUUCUGCAUCACUUUGGAAAGUUUCAUGAAAAAAGAUUGAUCCUGUUAUGGUGUUCGUGAGACUGCAUUGAGGAAUCUAUGGUUUAUUAGGUUUCAAUCGUUUGGAGAACUUUAUAUCUACUCGGGCCCUAGAAUGGCACCGGAGCAACCAACCGAAGAAUGUCGCUUGUGUUUGGAUACUUUCGCCGAGUGUUUCACUUGGAUUGAAAAUCCAGAGCUGAAAGAGCAGCUGGAGAAGGUUUUCAGCUUUCCGAUCAUAACCGAAACGGGCCUCAGCUCCAGUGUGUGCCGAGGUUGUUGGUAUACGAUUUCCGAGUUCUACCAGUACUCGGAAAAGGUACGAAAUAACCAGGAAGUCCUCAUCAGGAAGCGAGUAAAACAGGAACCAAUCGAUAAUGAAAAUAUCGCACAGGAUCAGAACCACAAAGAUAUCGCAGAUGAGUUACAAGCCAACUCUACAAGCAAUUUCAAACUUUCAACUGAUCAAGAGCCUGUAUUGAGCCACGGAUUUGAAUCCGGUAUUAAACAUGAAUCGAAUAGCGAUGAUGAACCCGAAGUUGGAAGUCUACUGGAUGAUGAACAUGACGACACUACAUUGAACCACGAGCUCCAGUAUGAAGAUAUGAAAGUCGGAUCGAGCAGUGGAGAGGCGGAAAAUGUAGAGCUACCGGAAGAUGACUUGAAUUACGAGUACGGAUGCGACAACUUCAAAUUUCAAUCGAAUAGUGGUGAGGCGGUAAUCGAAGAACCAUCGGAACAAGAACAAGGCGAACCAUUACUGAAUUACGAUUUCAAAUGUGAAAACAUCAAACUGGAAUCCACUAUUAAUGCGAUGGAAAUUGAAGAGCUAUCAGAAGAGGAACGGGAAGUCGCUAAAUGGUAUAACGAGUUCGAAUGUGAAGAUGUCAAAAUCGAAGCGAGAAGCGAUGAAGCUGAAACAGAAAAGAUACCGAAAAGAGAUCAGCUAAGUAGCUCAUAUGAAGAUAAUUCGAAUGAUCGAUCGUCAGAGAGUUCCAUACAACUGUUAAAAGUAAAAACCAGACGAGAAGAGGAGGAUCAAUUUCUCAGUGAAAACUUUACCUUGACAUGUCAUUUGUGCAAAGUGGUAGAACCAACAUUUCUAAUGCUGCGUGAUCAUUUUCGUACAGCGCAUAACAGUUACAAUGUGUAUGUAACAUGUUGCGAAGAAAAAUUUGGAACGCGUGGUAAUCUGAUAAGCCACAUAAAAAAUCAUGAUAAUCAGCUUAAAAGUCAGCAACAAGGAGAAAUGUUGAAAAUGACAGCAAGACGAGAGCAAGAGGAUCAAUUCAUCAGCCAACACUUCAUUCUGAAGUGCCAUCUGUGUAAAGAAACGAAACCCACUUUCGAAAGUUUACGUAACCAUUUUCGCCUGGCACACGGCAGUUACAAUGUAUAUGUGACAUGCUGCAAGAAAAAAUACGGCACACGAAGCCAACUUAUAAACCAUAUUAAAGAAAGUCAUAUCAAAGAUGAACAGAAUCAGGAACAGCCCAUAGGAGCCGAAAAAUCGAUCCCCGAUGGUUUGAAACUAUUUAUAUUGAAAACAAGACGGGAAAUAGAAGAUCGGUUUAUUGGCAAACACUUCACUUUGACCUGCUACAUAUGCAAUGUAACUGAACCAACUUUUCAAUUGCUACGUGACCACUUCCGUACGGUGCACAAUAGUUACAAUGUGUAUGUAACAUGCUGCGGGGAAAAAUUUAGCACACGGAGCUAUCUGAUAACCCACAUCAAAAGCCACAUAGCGGAACGAUGUAAACCGGACACAAGCACCCAGGAUGAUCCCGAGAAGCCUCCGUAUAAAUGUCAGGAUUGUGGGAAGAUUUACAAAAACAAGUGGCACAUGGAGAGGCACGUCAACAUGAAACACAGAUCAACGGAUCAGGCUCGAGUAAAAUGUGAUAUCUGCAAUCAUUGGCAGUUACCAAUUGACUUCAACACCCAUAUGCGGAGGAUGCAUCCGGGCUAUUCUAUGUGCCCGGCAAGCCCAAUUGCAGGCAGCUCGAGCUCACAGAGUUCUGAAGGAAAUAGGUGAGAUGCUUCACUUACGUGACAUCUGGAUGCAGUCUAUAGUAUCGAAAGGGUACUUAACAUCACCCGUCUGAUAUCCACCAAAUUUGAACACAACUUGUUGAAUUACCGUUAGGCUGAAUCGAAAGAAAAUAGAAUCAAGAUGAAAUGGAUUUUGUAC